ACGCUCGCCCAGAGGCCUGCACCCACACCCUCUCCUGUCCAGCCCUCGCCCGCCUGGGCAGGGCCCGGCGCCGUCCGUGGAUGAGCCACAGAACCUCUUCCACCUUCCGAGCGGAGAGAAGUUUCCAUUCCUCUUCCUCUUCCUCCUCCUCUUCCACCUCCUCCUCGGCCUCCCGUGCCCUCCCGGCCCAGGACCCGCCCAUGGAGAAGGCCCUGAGCAUGUUUUCCGAUGACUUUGGCAGCUUCAUGCGGCCCCACUCGGAGCCCCUGGCCUUCCCAGGCAAGUGAUCCGGGCCCUGAGGGGAGGGGAGGCACACAGGGAGGGGACGUCUGCUCCAGGGCGCCACCGAAGGCGCUGUGGCUGCCGGUCGGCCUGGAACAGGUGCUGCACAGCCUGCAGCCACGUGUGGCCACCAAGACAGAUGUGGCCACAGGGACAGAUGUGGCCAUGAAAACAGCAGCCCACCCCACAGCCCGCCCCGGGGGGGCAGGCAACAUCAAGACCCUAGGAGACGCCUAUGAGUUUGCGGUGGACGUGAGAGACUUCUCACCUGAAGACAUCAUUGUCACCACCUCCAACAACCACAUUGAGGUGCGGGCUGAGAAGCUGGCGGCUGACGGCACCGUCAUGAACACCUUCGCUCACAAGUGCCAGCUGCCGGAGGACGUGGACCCAACGUCGGUGACCUCGGCUCUGCGGGAGGACGGCAGCCUCACUAUCCGGGCACGGCGUCACCCGCAUACAGAACACGUCCAGCAGACCUUCCGGACGGAGAUCAAAAUCUGAGUGCCUCUCCCUUCCCUUUCCCUGUCCCCCCGCCCCACGCCUGCCAGCAAAGCCUCGCUAACCCCAUUACAACAGCUCCAGGACAUCUCAGCCCAGGUUCUAGCCCCCACGCACCCCAGACCCCAGGUGGACCAUCCUCCCAAACUAGGGCCCUCCACUCUAUCCAGGGCAGGCCAGGGACUCCCUGGCCUGACACAUGAUGCCCAGAUUUCAGAUUUGGCCUCUGUCACUUAAUCCAGAGUACAGGGGCUGGGGUCAGGGAAGGAAGAUCUAAAGAACCCACUGUGGGUCAGGGGAAUGGGACCAGCAGGACAUAUGGGCAAGCUCUGCAGGACAGACAGACAGACAAACCCUCCGAUCUAUGAAGUCUCUGCAGGGCAAGGGGACCAGGGACCUGGAACCCUCUUGGCCAAGGGGAGUGGGAGAGACAGAGGGAAGGUCACAGGCAAGGGUGCCUAUCUAAGUGGAACUAAUUGCCCGAGGGCUCAGCAAGGCCAAGAGGAGACAGCCGUGACGGUAAACUUCCCCUCUACCAGCCUCCAAGCCCCACGCCAGUGAGCAGGCUGCCUGCCCACCCUGUGCCCCCAGCCAGCUGGCUGUGCCAGGGCAGAGCCAUGCCACAUCUGUAUAUAGAUGGGGUUUUUCCAAUACAGCUGGUUCGUGAUAAACUGCAUGAAACUCCUGCCGUCCUGCGCCUGCUGAGGCCUUCAGGCAAGGCCACGUGGGGUUGGGGGUGGGGCUGGUCCUUCUCCCUCCCACAGGCCUGUGUUCUUGGGGCUGCUCCCAUGCAGACAGGAUCACCUAACAGAGAUGGAAGCCAGGGCAUGGAUGGGGCUUUGGGUCCUCGAGGUUGGACCCCAGCUUCUUGCCACCUUCCCCUCCAGGCAGUCAGCUCUCCAUCCAUCCCCCUCUUUAAUCUAUGAAUCUAUAGGCUCGGUGUGUGUAACACACACACUCCUAUCGUUGUCCUUCAAAUACUCAGCAUUACCAUUGGUUGAGGCCAAAUUCAGAGCUUUCUCAAAUCAGAUUUACAAUCUCCAUUUUCAUUAACGGGGAAACAUCUCCGAGCCACUGAGUGCCGUGCUUUGUCCCUGAAGGUUAGAUCUGAACCCAGGGUGUCAACAGCUGCUCUCAACUCCCCACCUCUGGGCACUGAGGAGUAUUUCCCCUCAUUCUACCUCUCUAAGGCUAUGCAUCCCUCCCCACGUCUUCCAGCUGAGGGAUGGGGGGAGUCAUAGGAAAAGCCCCCAUCUCCCAUCUGGGAUAGGGACCUUCCAUCAGCCUUAACCCUGGGAAAUGCCUGCUGCCCCCAGUGACUCUUGGUUUCAUCUCCCACAUACAGAAGCAGGGUGGAGGGGAAGGGUGGGUCUCAGUUAGCAGGGGUCCCCAGGGCAAGUCAGCCUCCUCCCUCCAUGCCUCUCUGGUCAGUGUGCCUUAGGGUGGCCUCUCACUCCCACCACUCUGGGCCCCUUGGGGGAGGACUGGGGAGGGGGCCGUGGGAGAGCCCUGACGCUGGAACCUGUAUACACAAUAAAGGACAGUCUCACAGA